AUGUACAGCCAGCGAUUUGGCAUCGUACAGCGGGAGGUUAAGGGCCCCACUCCCAAAGUGGUGAUCGUGAGAGCCAAGCCUCCCAAAGGCCAAGGGGCUGAGCAUCAUCUGGAAAGACUCCGACGCAGCCAUCAGAAGCAUCAUGCUGUUUUGGCUUCCAUUAAGUCAAACGAGCGGGAUCGCUUGAAAGCUGAGUGGGACCAGCACAAUGACCGCAAGUUUGUGGACAGUCUUGUGAAAGCAAGAGUCAAGGAUGCCAUGCAAGGGUUUAUCAUCAAUACUGAAGAAAGACGAAAUAAGUUACGUGAACUUUUAGCAUCAGAAGAAAAUGAAUAUUUUAUUGAAAUGCAAUUGAAAGAAGAAACAAUUGAGGAGAAAAAAGAUAGAAUGAGAGAUAAAAUCAGAUUAUUAAGAGAGAAGAAAGAAAAAGAGAGACAGGAUUUUGUGGCUGAAAAGCUAGACCAGCAAUUCAGGGAACGCUGUGAGGAGCUCCGUGUUGAGUUGUGCUGUAUCCAUCAGAAGGCAGUGAGCAAGGAUCAGAAAGCACAGAUAGCAUUUAAGGAGGAGCUGAAAAGGCAGAAGCUGGUGGAAGAGCAGAUGUUCUCCAAGCUCUGGGAGGAAGACCGACUGGCCAAAGAGAAGCGAGAAGCCGAAGAGGCGAGGAGACAGAGAGAGCUGGUGGAGAACACACGGCUGGGGCUGAAUGCCCAGAUCACCAGCAUCCAGGCGCAAAGGCAGGCAGCGCGGCGGCUGAAGGAGGAGGAGGCGCGCCUUGUGGAAAAUGACAAAGCACAGGUGAAACUUGAGAAUGAACAGGAUAAGCUAAAGAAACAGAAGACAAAACAGGAAAUAAGGGCUACUUUGCAAAAAGCCCUCCAAGAGAAGAUGGAGCAUAUUCAGCAGGAAUACAGAGAAGAUCAAGACUUGAACAUGAAGCUCAUGCAAAGCGCCCUUCAAAACUUACAGGAAGAGGCUGAUAAAAAGAAGCAAAAAAGAGAAGAUAUGAUAAGAGAACAGAAGAUAUAUCAUCAGUACUUGGCACAGCGGCGUGAGGAAGAAAAAGCUCAGGAGAAAGAACUGGACAGAAUAUUAGAGAAAGAGAAGGAAAAGAAGUUUGCUGAGAAGGACAAGGAGCUGAGACUUGAAAAGGAGGCAAGAAAACAACUUUUGAGUGAGGUCAUGUGUACAAGAAAACUGCAAGUUCAAGAAAAGUUGCAACGAAAAGCAAAAGAACAGGAAGAACGUGCUAUGGAACAGGAACGCAUAAAUGAAGGUCUUAAAGAGCUUAACCGUGAAGAGAGGGAGGAUUUUACAAGACGCUCGAGUUUAGCCCAGGAGUACAGGAAGCAACUUCAGAUGCAAAUGCACUCCCAACAGCAGGCCCGUGAAGUAGAGAAGGAGGAGGAACGCCGAGAGUUUGAAGCAGGGAUGACAGCAGAGAAGAAUUUCCAGGACAAGAUCCAGGAGAUCCUGUCCACCCAUCAAGUGCUGCCCCAAAAUAUUCAUCCCAUGCGGAGAGCAUGCCCUAAUAAACUUACACCAUAG